AUGGCAGAAGAAAAAGCCUCUGAGUAUACCGAUGAUGUGCAGUCGUUAGCCAAAGAUUUUAGCAAAGCUGAAAAGGUGAUCAACGACAUAGAAAGUGGCCAGUUUUCGACCAAUGAUCUGCAGGACCGCAUCGAAGAAGCCAUCAAGGUGCUGGAGAAUAUCACUCGGGCUGUAUCCUCUUUGAGCUUGUUUUCUACUAACGAACAGGUUGAAGAUAUACCGACAGCUUCGCUACCUUACCUUCUCCUACCAUGCUACCUUGGUACUGCCCGACACAACAAGUCAACAGGUGAUGCCGUGCAACGACGUGACCAGCUAGAAUUGGCAAAGGCAUAUUACAAAGAUUUUCUUCGCCGUCUGAGGAAUUACGGUUUUGAAUUUGAAGGUAGCACAGCUGUCUUAAUUGACGAUGACUUAUCAGAGGCGCCGCAGCCAUCAGUGAAGAAGUUUACUGGGGAGGACAUCAGGGAACAAAAAAUUGCACGUUUUCGAAGGCAGAAGCAAUUGAAGCAGAUUAUGGAGGAGUUGAGAAGGCAGCAGCAAAUGAAUAAAGACGACGAAUCAUCUUUGCGGGAACUUCAUUUGACAGUCUUGAAGUUCUGGAUUGAAAAAGUGGUGGAGGAGCUUCAUUCUAUCGAAGAAGAACUACCGUUGGUAGACAUGAUGGCGAAACGGCAACGUGAUCUGAAUGAUAGACCAGAACAGCCUGUGACCAUGGCACCGAAACACGAUAAAGCUGAGCCAGGUUUGAAACCAUUCAUCAUCACACGCACCGAGAAACAAAAAGAGGUGUUCGGGCUUGGUUAUCCAUCUAUUCCUUCGAUGACGGUAGAUGAAUGGUAUAAUCAGAAAUUUGGUAAUAAAGCACCAUCGACGCUGAACAGUCAGCAACCUGGAUGCUCCGAAGGUCAGGCUGGGGAUACCUGCGAGAAAGAACAUGCUGAGGAAGACGAUGACGAGUCCAGAGCCAGGAUGAUGAGAUGGGACGAGUAUAAGGACGAUCACCGUAGAGGAUGGGGUAACACUCACAAUAAAGGGCGUUUUAAUGAUUUGCUCGUGUACUUGUACAGAAUAUUCACGAAUGUGGACAUAGCCUUGUGUCUUGAUAAAAACUGCAUGCUUUGUAGAGAUUUGAAGACUCGAUCUCUAAGAAUGGCUUAUAGAACUAACAAACAAGAUUCGGAUACCUCUGACAAAGAGGAUGAGGAUGAUUUACCAUUGAAACCUGAUCUGCCGGACAAAGAGGAUGGCGAACCGUCUGAAAAGAAAAAAGCUGCUAAUAUCUGGGCUGAUUCACUUUUAGAGCAAGGCCUGUUGCAAAGAGGAUCUCGAAUUGCUUUGGAGAAAAAUAAGGAUUUAUGUGUGCCUCGUGGCGUUGAAUCCUAUCAAGUACCCUCUACUUUUACGAGAGUGGAAAAGGAGGAUUUUGAUACGUCUGCGGAGCCUGAGUCAGUACCAGCUGCAGCAGAUGAUCCGUUUGGGGAUGCUCCCGUUGAUCUGCCGGAGACUGCAUUUUGCGAGCGAUUGGACGAUAAAUCUGUGCCGCGGUCUCGGAAUGGUUUCGGUCACCGAGGAGGGUUUCGUGGUAGAGGUGGCGGUCCUCGUGGUCUGUUUCGUGGUGGACAUCGAGGUAAUUUGAGGGGCAGGGGUGGAGCGUCUGUCAAUAAUCUGAAGCGGUCAUGGACUGGCAAACCGGUAGAAAGUGCAGCUGGUCUUCUUCUGGACUCCUAUUCGCUGGAAACGCUCAUGGCAACUGAGUUCGCUUCUGACAUCUCGAUAGAAGAGCUUGGAGAUGAGAUGGCAAGAGCUAUGGGCGAGCGUGAUCCAAGAACUGUUAAAAGUAUUGUACAGGCUUGCGGAAUGGAGAAAGCACUUGCACUUUUUGAGGAAACUCGCAAUGUAGAAUCUCACGGUGGAAUGAUGAUUGAAAAUGGACAGAGAAGGCGUACUCCCGGUGGAGUCUUCAUUACAUUGUUCAAGCUGGACUCGGAAAUCUCUGAAGACGUCAAGAAGCGGCUUUUUGGAGAAACCAAAGCUGAAGCGAGGAAAAUGUUAAAGGCUCGAAAGAAAGGACGUAUAAACUACGCUGAAAACGUGGCUAAGGUGGCCGAACUUAUGAAGAAGGCGAAAGAAGAGCAAGAGCAUAAAGACGAAGAUACUACUCUUAAACCUCUGCCUGAAGCAGAACAGGUCCUACUAGCGGGUGAUCAGCCUGGUGGCACUCACGUAUUUGAUGAUGGGGAUGUGAGCAUGGAAGCAUAAAUACCUCUGUGUUUGUUUGUUACUCGCCAUUAUGAAUAUGAUAUACCGGUAAUAUUUGCACUUUCUUAAUUUAUGAUAUUGUCACAGUCAAUAAAAAUCUCAUUAUUGUUGAGCUUCAAAAAGAAUGCAUGCCU